AUGGGAUUUGCCAUUAACAACGGUUUAACAUGCCCCCGAAGACUGGAAACCGUUGUUUUUCCCUUCUGGUUCCCUCUGUACUGGUGUCUGUUUGUUUUAUCAUAUUUUCCGAUGCGACGGACUCGGAAGAUUUCUGUAUGGCCCGUUGGACUUGUUGGAGAUCAAAGAUAUGAAGCGCCUAUUGUGAAGAAUGGAAAGGUGACUGGUUGGCGGGUGAGCUAUGAUCCAAUUCGAAAGUUCGCUACAGACAUGGCAGGUUUUGCUAUGAACCUUCAUCUUUUCUUUGAACAUCCUGAUCUUCAAUUUUCCCAUUACACACGGCCAGGAUCUCAGGAAUCCGAUAUCAUCUCGAAGACCAAUAUAACCCUGAAUGAUCUUGAGCCUCUGGCUGAUAACUGUACAAAGGUGCUUGUGUGGCACACUAGGGCGCUACCCCCCAAGCUUACAAAGGAAGAUCAAAUGAAGGUGAAAUUCGACCAUGGAUCUAACUUCAUUGUUGAAGUAUAGUGAAGUCAUAUUAUCCACGAUAUAUAUCAUGUGGAUAAAAGAUAUUUAAUUUUGCUUUGAUUUCGCCAUUAGAACACAGGACACGUGCCUUUGUUAAGGGAGACAACGCUCCACGGUCUUGUGACCACUCCACUGAUUGGACUGCCGAAGAGUGCCCCGAUGAGUGAAUUAUCAUGAGUAAAAUGUGCGAAAGUAAUUGAAGGAAGGACAUGACACAAUUCAUACAGUUUGCAUUUAUAUAUAUUUUUUCAUCAAACACUGCAGAGGCUUUUAAAUGGUCCCUUGCAUAUUUAUAUUAAAACUCAUUUGACCAAGCAUGGCUGGAGGACUGCCGUGUGGCGUAAUGCAACGAACACUGACUCUUGAUACAAAUUGUAUAGGUGGCGGGUGCUACCGGUAGUGCAGGAGAUUCUUACUAAUUCACUGAUUUUCAGUGAUCCAUUCAUAUAAUUUUCACCACUCUUUUGCCAUUUACGCCCAAUGGAAUCCGUUUCGGUGGAUAAUUGAGCCCGUUAUUCUCUGACGUUGACGUUUUACACUAUGUUUGCACUGUAAAUAUGUCUGUAUGUUUUAGACGUUUUACAUUUGAUGUAAUUGUUCAAGGCUAGUAUAAUACUGCUAGUAUAAUAAUGCGUGUGUGUUGUGCACAGACCCGUGCGUUUAUUUGUAAUUCAUAUAUGUAUUCUAUAGUAAUCCAUUAACGUGUGUUGAGACCUCAACUUUCCAAUAGUCAUUUUCCCCUUUAUGUCAAACAAUAGUGACUUGUACCAUGUGUUCCCGUGUAUUAUCGGGUGAACAAAUGACUUGCCUUUGCAUGUGUUUUUGACAGGUGAACCAGUUGUGCAGGAUAUGCUAAUCUUUUUCCACACAGCCACCAUUACUAGUUGAUAUUGAUUCAUUAACACGUGCUCAUGAUAUUGUCGAAAUCGAACAAUCGACUCUGCUUUUAGCACAUAUUUCUUGUGACUAUGGAAAGGGUUUUGUCACUUUUGUUUGUGUAUGCAUGGAGGCUGAGGGCUGUAACGUUAAUGCCGUUAUUUAAU